GUAUUGCCGGCAAUGCUGGAUCAACAGGAGGCGCAACAGUCGGAUUGACUAAUUCGUCUGGAAAUAGUAUUUCAGGUAUGAUCAACGGUACAAAUAAUAAAAAUGAUUCGAAUCCAACAGCAUUGCAAACAAAUUCUGUUGGUGCAACGAUUUUGCAACAACAGCAACAAAAAAUAAAUGUACCUCAGACAUCACAUCUAACGAAUGGUCCUUUAACAGCACAACAACAAACAUCAGCCACUGGUCCCUUGCCAAUUGUCGCCGCACUAGAUCCAUGUCGAAUUAUGCCCGUUAAUAUUACUUUACCUGCUCAACCCGGAACCCAUAACACGGAACCGCGCGUACUUACUAUACAUGUGCCAGCCUCAGCCUUGCAAGAAAACCAACUUACACAAAUCUUAACUGCGCAGCUAAUAUCAUCUAUUAUAUCUUUGCCAACAACUUUGGCUAAUUCUGUGCUACAACAACACGUUACAGCGGCGCUACAAAAUCUUAGUAUACAAAAGUUUAAUCCAUCAAAACAACUUGAUGGUCAACUGGUGGAUACUACAGAUGAAGAGGAAAGCGAUGUUAGUGAUGACAAUAUUGAUGAAGACGAUGAGGAUAUUGAUAAGGAUGAAGACGAAGAUAUAGAAAAUGAAGAUGGAGCUGAAGAAGAACCACUUAACAGCGGAGAUGAUGUGAGUGAUGAGGACUCCACUGAUCUUUUCGAUACUGAUAAUGUCAUUGUUUGUCAAUACGAUAAGAUAACACGUUCGCGUAAUAAAUGGAAAUUCUACCUUAAAGAUGGUAUUAUGAAUAUAGCUGGGAAGGAUUAUGUUUUUCAAAAAUCAAACGGUGAUGCGGAAUGGUAACGUUUGUAAUCUCGCGAAAAUCUGCUUUUUUAUAUUAUAUUAUUUUGUAUAAGCAUUUUUCUUUUUCUUAUUCUUAUAACUGAGUUUAUUUAUAUUAAGCUUCUAAUACGUAUUCUUAUAACUGCGUUUAUUUUAAUUCCCACUUAUUUUUGUAUUUAAAUUGCGAAAAAUAAUAUAAUCAAUCCAUUGUUUUAAAUUUAGGGUACAUUUUGUGACGCAGACAAAUUCGCCAAUUUCUAAAUUUUCAAGAUUAGAUUAAUAUUUACUUCGCGUUAUUGACAUUAAAACUAUGGAUGUUAUAAGAUAAACAUGUAUAUAUAGAACUAUAAUAAUAAAAUGUAACAAUAUUAAAAAAUAUUAUAUAUAAAAAUAAAAAAAUAUUUUACUU